ACAUUUGCGACUAAUUAUGCUUCAUAACUGACAAGUGAUAGCAAAUUAAAAACACUGAUGCCGGCAAUUAUGCAGCCAAUAGUUCAAAUGCUCAUAAUAGUAGCGGCAACCGCCGUAUCGUCAUCGGCGGCGACGCCGAUAAUGGACACGGUAUAUUUGAAUCCUGGAGCUUUCAUUGAUGUGACAGGAAAUGUUUAUGGAGCCCAUACCCUGCGCACUUAUUGUUACAUGGGCAAGCGACUCUCCUUACUGAGUAUGUUCGAGACCACAGAGUUUGUACUCUCCAUACAAAACGAAGACUACACUGAAUAUGGAGGACGCACGCCAAAGGAAGUGAUGGAGCACUACAAUGAGCAGCGCUCGCUCUUUAGCUUCACACUCUUCUCGCAGAAGCGCCAACGUGUGCAGCUGUCACCCUUCGAGCAACAAUGCAUUGGCGUGGUCACCAAAGAGCCCUACAAAGUGGGUCUGAAACAUGUACCGCUAGAUCUGUGGCGUUUUAUGCAACUAGCCGUGGGCAUCAUGGUUUUCUGCAGUGCUGGUGGGCUCGCAAAAAACAACGUAUUCUACUAUAUGGCCGGAAUUGUGUUGGGCAUUUGUGCCUCCUUGCUGGUGAUUAUAGCACUCACAGCCAAGUUGUUUCCAAAGCGACCUAUGAUGUAUGGCGUGCUCAUUGGAGGAUGGACGAUUGGUUUCUACAUACUUAAACAGCUGAUGGACAACAUGCGUGUCAUAUUACUGACCUAUCGGGAAUACGUGUUGGGCUAUUUGAUAGUCACUGGCCUUAUAUCAUUUCUGGUUUGUUACCGCAUUGGUCCACCCCGCAAUCCUCGCUCGCAGAACAUCAUCAAGUGGGUGUUGCAAGCCGUGGGCGGGGCACUUGUAUACUUUAGCAGCUGGCAUACCAGCGCCGCCAUAGCGCUAAUGGUGAUCACAUUUGUGGUCCAUUACUUUCCGCACUCGGUGCUACUCUACCUGAAAAACGCCUAUCGUCGUAGAUUCCCACCUAAGCGCCGCCUGCUCACUAUGGACGAAUACUAUCAGCAAAGCGUGGAGGAAACUGCCCGUUCCAUGGCUGAGCUGCGAGAUUUUGUGAACAGCCCCAAUUGCCGGCAGUGGAGUCUCAUGAGCCGUUUGCGCAAUCCAACGCGUUUUGCCAACUUUGCGAAUGGUGCGCCGCAUUUGGAUGAUGAGGAAAUCGAGGAUUACUCACGCGCCAUUGAGGAUGAGCUCGAGGGCCCUGAUGUUGAUGAUGAUUAUUUACAGUGUAACAUGUACUAUCGGCCAACGGCGCAAAGAGCAUUACGUUACACAUCUUCAGCGCGUCAAUAUGCACAGCGUGAGGAUAGAUAUGACGAUGAUGAUGAAGACGACGAGAAUAGCGACGAAACUGAAACGGAAGACUACGACAACAACUAAACAGAGACUAAGAAUAUGUAGUUAUUUAUUUUGUCCAUUUAUUAACUAUGCCGAAAUGAUUUUGUAUAUUGCUACUUAAGAGAACUGAAAUCCAAACUCAUUUUCUAUUGACGUGCUGCCUAAUCUUGAACGAUUAUUGCAUAAUAAGAAUAAUUCUUUGCGUGCGUGUCUUCGUAUAAUUAUAAAUGUAAAGAUAGUUAAUUCAUAUGUAAAAAUGUUGUAAUGUAACGAUUUCAAAUAUGUCCAGGGUUUCUUUUAUGUACAAAUACCCCAAGCGAAAGGCACAAUCCAAAAUGUAACUCAAUUGCCAGCUAGUGGGAAUAAGAUUAAGAACUGAUUGAAAAGAAACAAAAAUAAUUAGACAUGAUUAAAGUUUAAUUGAAAAAUGCUUAAA